AUGAGCAGCGAUGACCGAGAAAAGUUUUAUUCAUGGUACAACGAGCAAGUCCGGCGUCAGUACGAGUUCGACUUUCAAACCGAAAUUCUUCGAUAUUGUCAAUCCGAUGUGGACAUUUUGCGUCGUUGUUGUCUCGAGUUCCGCGAACUUUUCAGCCAAAUCACAGAUGUUGACCCUUUUGCCUCUUGUCUCACCAUUGCUUCUGCGUGUAAUCUCGUCUUCCGUAAAACGUUUCUCCAGGAGAACACCAUCGCCGUCAUUCCUCCUUGCGGGUACAAGCCUGAAAACAAACAGUCCGUCAUCGCCUUGAAGAUGCUGGCCUGGGUCGCUCAACGUGAUAACACCGUCAUUCGCCACGCCCGGAACCACGGAGAGCAGCGCAUUGGCAAGUAUCUUGUCGAUGGGUUCAACGUUGAAACAAACACUGUUUGGGAAAUUCAAGGAUGCCUGUGGCAUGGAUGCGAAAGAUGUUAUGCUAGAGAUACCGUGAAUCCGAUCAACCAUAUGACCAUGCAAGAUCUUAAGCAGCGAACCCUCGAGAAAAUCCAAUUCCUAAAGGAUAACGGACAUAAUGUCGUAGAGAUUUGGACGUGUGAUAUUGAGCGUCAACUUGCCACUGAACCCGAGAUGAAGGAUUUCUUCGACAAUUUCGAGAUUUCUGAACCUCUUGAACCUCGUCAUGCAUUCUUUGGUGGAAGGACUAACGCAACCCGCCUAUAUUACGACGUCCAGCCAGAAGAGAAGAUCCGCUAUGUGGAUUUCUGCAGCCUCUACCCAUGGUAUGUAUCUUGUUGAAGUCUUUUAACUCAAACAUGCUUGUCAUUAACCUUCUUAAGCAAUUUUUAGGUGUAACAAAUACGGCGAGUAUCCGAUUGGCCAUCCCGAGAUUAUUACUGAGAACUUUUAACCUAUCAGUGACUACUUUGGUUUGGUGAAAUGUUCUGUGCUUCCUCCUCGUGCCCUAUACCACCCCGUCCUCCCUUACCGUACUCAGGGUAAAUUGAUGUUCCCGUUGUGUCGCACCUGUGCCGACAACCUUCAACAAGAGCCCUGCCAUCACAGCGACGCCGAGCGAACACUUCAUGGAACGUGGGUGACUUUGGAGCUCGAGAAAGCACUAGGGAAAGGCUACAAACUGAUGAGAGUCGACGAAGUUUGGCACUUCCCCGAGCACACAGAUGGACUGUUUAAGGACUAUAUUGAUACAUUCCUAAAAAUCAAACAAGAGGUAAGGUUUCAUCACAUGUGUGAUAUUUUCACAUUAUUAGUUGCUUAUUAUUCCUUUCCCUUUUGCAGGCGAGUGGCUUUCCUCCGGAAUGUGACACCGAUGAGAAGAAGGGGCAGUACAUCGCUGACUACGCCGCAAAAGAAUGUAUUCAGCUGGAUCCAAGACAAAUUGUGAAGAAUCCUGGUCUGAGGGCGUUGGCGAAGCUCAUGUUGAACUCUUUUUGGGGUAAGUGCAAUGGCAAAUUGUCCACUAACGGUACUUGGGAAAAAACAAGUGUUUGUUAAAAACCUAUCAUUUCUUGUAGGAAAGUUUGCGCAACGACCCAACAUGACCAAGGUAAAAAUCAUAUCGGAUCCAGCUGAAUAUUUUGACCUCCUCUCCAGCGACCAGAUUAACGUCACCGACGCGAACUUCAUUAACGACGAGCUCAUCGAAGUCCAUUUUGAAAACGUUGACGAAUUCGUGGAAGCCGACGGAAAGACAAAUGUGGUCAUCGCAGCGUUCACCACAGCCCACGCCCGCCUCAAGCUCUAUGGUGUCCUGGAUCUGUUAAAUCGCCGAGUCUUAUAUUUUGACACAGAUUCAGUUAUCUACGUUUCAAAGGAAGACGAAUGGGAGCCGCCGACGGGAUCCUAUCUUGGUCAACUAACGGACGAGUUGGAUGGAGGUUACAUUACAACCUUUGUGUCUGGAGGUCCUAAAAACUAUGCCUACGAGACAAGCACAGACAAAACAGUAUGCAAAGUUAGAGGGAUCACCUUAAACUACAGAACUGCACAAAAGGUUAAUUUUAAUUUAAUGUGUGAUAUGGUUUGUUUAGAAGCGUUGUCUGAUCUCACAGACAGCAUAACUGUAAAUAUACCAUACAAAAUAAAUAGAGACACUAAAGAGAAAAGUGUAAAGACGAGGAGUGAGAACAAGGACUAUCGUAUUGUAUAUAAUAAGCGUGUGAUUGUAAAUAAUUUUGAUACAUUACCUUAUGGUUUUUACAUUAAUAAAUGAUUUUAAACAUUAAAGUUAUGUGUGUAAUGGUACAACUGCGGGGAUUUUCUCCCUAGAGGAACAUUCGUCUUUAUUAGGGAUUAAUAUCGGUGAUUAUGUCCCCAUGGGGACAUUCAUCUGUGCCGGGGACGUCCGGGGACAAAAAUUAGUCCCCAGAGGGACUUUCUAAAGGAACAGUCGGGUAUAAUAGGGACUAAUGUUGGUAAUUAUGGCCCCAUGGGGACAUUCAUCUGUGCCGGGGACAUCCGGGGACAAAAAUUAGUCCCCGGAGGGACUUUCUAAAGGGACAAUCGGCUAUAAUAGGGACUAAUGCUGGUAGUUAUGGUCCCAUGGGGACAUUCAUCUGUGUCGGGGACAUCCGGGGACAAAAAUUAGUCCCCGGAGGGACUUUCUAAAGGAACAAUCGGCUAUAAUAGGGACCAAUGUUG